AUGUCUGCCGCGACUGUCUUCGACUCCACGUUGUUCGGCAACAUCUUCGGUACCGAGGAGGCUCGUCAAGCUUUCUCCGAGAGAUCUUAUGUUGCCAACCUGAUCAAGGCCGAGUGCGCUCUGGCUGAGGCCGAGGAAGCUGAGGGUAUCGUGCCUUCUGGUACCGCUGCUGUUCUCAGAGAGCACUGCGAUGUCUCCAAGAUUGACUGGCAGUUGCUUGCCGCCCGCACUGAGAUUGUUGGCUACCCAGUUCUUCCCUUGGUUGAGCAGAUGUCAAAAUGGGUGCCGGAGGAGACCUCUGGAUACAUUCACUGGGGUGCCACGACCCAAGAUAUCAUGGACCUUGCCUCAGUUUUGCAGAUGAAGCAUGGUCUUGAGAUUGUCGAGCGCCUCCUCCGCAAGGUCACCUCGACCCUCGAAAAUAUGUCCGCCGCCUACCGAGACGUGCCAAUGGCCGGCAGAACACACUUGCAGCACGCCCUCCCCAUCACCUUCGGAUAUAAGUGCGCCGUCUGGCUUGCUGGUUUCCGCCGUCACGUCAAGCGUCUCGAGCAGAUCAAGGAAAGCUGCCUGCUUGUUCAAUUUGGUGGUGCUGCUGGAACUCUCGCUUCUUUGGGCACCUCGGAUAGCGGUAUUCGCGUGCGCAAGCGUUUGGCGACCAUUCUUGAGCUUCAGGACCCGGUUAUUACCUGGCACGUCGCGCGCGACACUGUUGCGGAAAUCAUCAACUACCUUGCCCUGGUUGGUGGUAGCUUGGGCAAGAUUGCUCUUGACUUGAUUGUCAUGUCCUCAAAUGAGCUGAACGAGGUUGCAGAGCCCUACGUUCCUCACCGUGGCGCGUCCUCCACUAUGCCUCAGAAGCGCAACCCCAUCUCCAGCGAGGUCAUCCUCGCGCAGUCCAAGAUUCUCCGUGCCCAGGCUGGUCUGGUACUGGACGGCAUGGUCUCCGAUUUCGAGAGAGCAUCUGGCCCUUGGCACUUGGAAUGGGCCGCCAUCCCCACUGCAUUCAUCUCCAUUGUUGGUUCUCUUCACCAGGCUGAGUUCGCUCUUUCUGGCCUGCAAGUCAACAAAGAUGCUAUGUUGGCCAACCUGAAGUCUACCCGUGGUUUGAUCGUCGCUGAAGCUGUGAUGAUGGACCUGGCUAAGUACACUGGUCGCCAAGAGGCACAUGAGAUUGUCUACAAGGCCUGUGUCGAGGCUCAUGAAAACAGUAUUUCCCUGCAAGAGGCUUUGGAGAAGUCAUCACAAGUCACAUCACACCUUGUCUCAACCGAUCUCUCCAAGCUGUGCGAUCCCACCGAGUACUUGGGAUGCUGUCAACUGAUGCUUGACGAGCUCCUGGGACAGAAGACUGUUCAAGUCAAUGGCAAUGGCAACACCACAAAUGGCACACAUUAUUACUACGAGAAUGAAGUCGUUGAUGAAAGACGGAGCGGGUCGGCUCCGGUGAGAACCCCCGACUCAGCGGCCGGUGUGGUGGAUUCGACUUUGAAUCCAACAGAAACUUCACAGUCGCGAAUGAUCGGGCAAUCCCAGCCAAGCGUUCUAGUAGCGAAUGGUUCCGACAGAUCGACAUCAACAUGGCCACGUCGUGCAGACAUGAUAUCAGUCGCGAGGUCAAGACAGGGCCCCGAGCCUGUGAUCGGCCACAUGGGCCGACUUGUCUCCAACGAUGAUCAGAUCGCCAUGUUCGCAGGGUCUUCGACUGGGGUUCACUUCAUCAGUCAAGCUGAACAACAGCUGCAGAUGCUCCGGAUACACACGGACACGUUUCCAAGCAGCGUAUACAGCCUAUACUUACACAACAUCUGGGGUAACCCGCCGAAAGAUUCCGAGGCGCAAUUGAUUGCUGCGAUGGUUGGUCAGUUUCCUCGUAACGCUGCCGAUAUCCUCGAGGCCACAAUUGAUCGCUGGACACCACUUUACCCCAUCGUACACAAGCAUUCUACUUUAGAAGCUUUUCACAGACUUCGAGAUGAUCCGGAGAUCGGGGAUCUCAGUAUUCUGCACCAAGUUCUAGGGCUUCUAGCUCUAGGAACUCUGGGUCUUCCAGGGACUUGCACUCAGACUCACGAGCACUUUCUAUGCUUGUCUGAGAAGUACUACCACAUGUCUGCAACUCUGACGAGCAAGCUGCAUGAGAGACCCUCGUUACCAACGCUACAGGGACUAGAGAUUGCCCAGAUUUACCUCCAACUUUCGUCUCGGUACUCAGUCGCAUCUCAACUUGGAGGCAUGGCAACACGCAUGGCGCAGAAUCUCGGACUUCAUCGGCACUCUCAACGAUUCAAAUUCGACCCCUUAGAGACAGAGCUGCGACGUCGCGUUUGGUGGUGCCAAUACUCCCUCGACGCAUUCUCGAGUGCCUAUCAUGGAAUGCCGCGAUUGAUACGGGACCAGGACGUUGACACCGAUCUUCCUUCACGCGUAGACCAUGACCAAGUAUCACGCGAAAGCGUGGCCUUCCCUCUUCCGGGUGAGCGGUCACAGGUUGACACGGCCCUGUGCAUGUUCAAGCUCGCAGUCAUUGUCGGAGAAGCUCUGGAAAAGCUGUACACGACAACUCGUCGACGCGGUGGCGUAGCUAAGAUCACACAGUUGCAGGCCGAGCUCACCAUGUGGGAGCGAAUGUUGCCGACUGAGAAACUGGCCGAUGCAGACGACGAUGGGGGCGACCUGCUUCCGGCAGUCAACAUCGACACGUUUGAAGUCGCCUUCCUGCGCGCCGCCUUCUGCAACGCAACGGUUCAUAUCCACCGACCAGCAUUGGCUUUCACAACGUCCGAUCCGCAGUUUUCGGUCUCUCUUAUUGCUUGUGGCCGCGCCUCUGCAGAGCUCAUCCGCCUAUUUGCGAUAGGAAUUGGCGACGAGACCACCCCUCGAAGAUUGGACGCCGUCACCAUCGCACACCUUUACCCAAAUGGUAUGCACAUGCUUUGGCAAGCCGGGCUGACCAUUCUCUUCGCUAGAUGGAAGGGUCAGCCAAUUACGACGGACGAAGAGGACGAGGAUUUAGUCAGGACCUGCGCGACGACCUUGCGCCACCUGAGAGCGGACGAUGCCAACGGCUACAUUACACAAUGCGCCGACGUACUGGACAUGCUCCAAACAAAGACAUUCUCGUCGAAAGAAGCCCAGCCACCGGUGCUUGACCAGUUGCAAUGGAAUGUUUGGGACUGGCCGAUGGCAUCGGCGUUGGAGCUUGCAAACACACUCGACGCCAUGCCCUUGGAUCUCCAGUUCGAGCCUGGCCUAGGACUUUGA